GAUGAAGGCCACCGAAUAAAAAGACUACUUUUUCCCAUGUACUAUAAUAACACAAAGCCAUACGUCGUGCUGAUAAAGAUAGAGUCACAAGGAUGGAAUUUUAUUGUAGGGUAGCUGUCUUUUUGGCGUUUUUCGUAACAAUGACAAUUUCCGAGAGAAUUUUGAACGAACCAAUUUUAGACUCGUAUGACUAUAUUGUUGUCGGCGGCGGCACUGCAGGGUCAGUUCUGGCGUCACGUCUGUCAGAAGAUCCCGUAUCUGUACUGUUACUAGAGGCAGGUGGUUCAGAGCUAGAUAACCCAUUGAUAGAUAUUCCUCUUAUGACGACAUCACUUCAGUUUUCUAAACAAGACUGGCAGUAUUUCACUCUACCACAAACAAAUUCGUCCUUAUCUUUGACUCAAAAGCAAGGGUAUUGGCCAGUGGGGAAGGUUUUAGGAGGAUCUAGUUCUACUCACUAUAUGGUACACAUCCGUGGAAGCCCGCAGGAUUAUGACGAAUGGGCCACAGAAGGAUGUGAUGGGUGGAGUUAUAAUGAUGUUUUACCGUACUUUAAAAAGGCAGAGGAUGUUCAGAUACCAGAAUAUAAAGAUAAAGCGUAUCGUUCAACUGGUGGUCCGAUGACCGUUACCUCAACUCCUACAGCGGAUAGUCAACUUAUCAGUACUUACCAGCAGUCCGCGGUAGAAAAUGGUUGGCCAAUAACAGACUGUAGUGGGCCGAACAUUACAGGGUUUUGUCCUACCCAGAAUGAUGUUCGCGCUGGUACAAGGUGCAGCACAGCAAAAGCUUAUAUAAGACCAGCUCUGAACAGGAAUAAUCUUCAAGUCAGCAUAAACAGCCAUGUAACAAAGAUUAAAAUAGAAAACAACAGAGCUGUUGGAGUAGAACUCGUGAAAGAUGGAAAAAUAAAGAGUGUUUCUGCUACAAAGGAAAUUAUUCUGUCAGCCGGAGCUAUUGGAUCUGCACAGCUUCUGAUGUUGUCUGGUGUCGGACCUAGAGAACAUCUGCAAAAAUUGAAGAUCGAUGUGAAGAAAGACUUGCCAGUUGGUAACAACUUAAAGGACCAUUUACUUAUAUUUAUGUCUUAUAAGUUGAAUGUAUCAUGGGCAGUAAAUCAGGAAAAAUUGAACAAUAUUGAGGAACAAGAAAACUUCAUACUCAACAACAAGGGCCUAUACAGUGGCACAGGAUGUGAUGCACUGUUGUUUGCACAGACAGGGAAGGAGUCUUAUGACAGAGGAUCCCCAGAUGUUGAAGUUCAUUUCUUCAGUAGUGCACCAGAAGAGGACCAGUUACGAAAUGGCUUGGAUCAAAACAUCAAGGAUGAACUCUUGGAUAAAAUGGUGGCAGAUGCUUCUUCCACUGGCAUGAGGUUUCUACCUGUAUAUUUACACCCAAAAAGUCAGGGCACAAUAAGACUAAAGAGCAAAGACCCCUUUGAUUAUCCAGCUCUAGACCCAAAUUACCUUGCACACAAAGAUGACGUGGAUGGGUUUGUGAGAGCUGUCAGAGUGGUUCAGAAAAUAGCCAGCAGUACAGCUAUGCAGAAGAUUGGAGCUACAUUGAUACCACGUGUAUAUGAAGGUUUCUGUGAUGAAAUGGAGUUUGACAGUGAUGACUACUGGAGAUGUUACACACGAAAUCUGGCCUCAUCAGCAUUCCAUUAUUCCUGUACAUGUAGAAUGGGUUCAGCUAAUGACCCAACAGCAGUAGUUGAUCCACAACUUAGAGUGAAAGGUAUAUCAGGCUUGAGGGUUGCUGAUGCUUCUGUAAUGAGAGAUAUAGUAUCUGGUAAUACCCACACACCAGUGGUUAUGAUAGCAGAGAAGGCAGCUGAUAUGAUAAGAGGGAGGACUACCACUGGACAAUAACACAUAAUUAACAUUUAUAUUAUUAUACAUAAUCAUUAGGCUUUGAAUUAUCUAAUUCAUAAUUAUUUUAAAUGAUCAAAAUGCAUGAAAUUGUCUUCCUUUUCCAGUUCACUACAAUA